CUUAGGUGGUUUUUGCUCCAUGGUGCCUGUGCAGCAGCCAGCCAGCCUGAGCACACUCUGAACAGUGGAGGGAUGUCACAGUUGGGCUGCUGCAGCUCGGGAGCACUUCCACUGAUGAUCAGACGCUGUGCCCCCGGCCUCUUGGUUCACUGCUGGUCUGCUCUGUCCCCCUGGUGAACUGUGCCCACUUUCACAUAAACAAACAUACACACACACGCAGACAAUUAUUACAAGAAUGAAUACCCCUCUCCAUCUGACCCUCUGCACACACAUACACACACAGUGACCUUCUAUGCGCAAACAGGGCUGAUGAAAUUUCACUUUGAGCAAGUGAAUUAAAAAUGGGGAGUGAUGUAACUGGAUGAACUUCAUCCCACCACGCAGAGAAGAAGAGCUGAGUGUCGGAGGCAGCCUAUGUGCUGCUCGCGUGGAGACGGUGAGAUGACCUCGCUUGUAGGAGUGAUGAUGAAGGUGAUGGAGCGUUCUGUUGCGAGCUCUUGGCGCUGACCCUUUGAUAAUGAGAACACAAUCAUCAGCCUUCAGUGGCGUGUGGCGUCAUGUCUCAGAGGGUCCUCACAGCAGUCAGGAGGGGAUACUGGCUGUGCUGCUGGAGCAGGCUUUCAGGAUCAAAGAGGAGGUGGCAGCGGGUCUGCGGUCCACCCAGGGCUCGAUCCAGGUCGAGGCGCUUUCCCGCAAGCUGCUGGAGAAUCACAUCCUGACCAUCACGCGCAUCGUCAAGCAGCUAAGCGUGGACAUACAGCACCUUCGGUCUAAACAGGCCCUGGAGAGACAGAUUGCCCAGCGGGACUCCAUCACCUCUGGAACCACAAUGGCCGUUCAAAGCCUGGACCAGAAGAACAUGGCUUUCAUCGGUGACCUGAGAGGGAGAGUAGCCAGGUGUGAUGCCAGCAUCGCUAAGCUAAGCGCUGGCGUGAGCUCCGGGGGGCUGCAGCUGAUCGGACUGCAGCAGGAGGUGGCAGAGCUCAAGUCAGCGGUGGAUGCGCGCCUCAAGGAGCUGGAAGUCAAGCUUUAUUAUGACCUGGGAAGACUGGAGGCCUCAUUGUCAGAGCUUUCCCAAGGUCACAGCAGCGCCAUGUCUGAUCUGAAUGCACAAGUAAAACUACUAGAGGCCAGGAUGUCGGAUGGACUGAAGGAAGCCAAAGAGCAGACAGAAUCGCUGAGGAGGUGGACGGAACAACAAAUCGCCAGCUCAGUCCAGCGCUGCACACAACAGUGGGACAAAAUGUUUGAGGUGGCGUCCAGAUUAGCUGACCGGCUUGGUGCUCUGGAGGCCCGUGUGGAGCAGUUUGAGACCCAGCUGGACCGGGCCGGCCGCAGUCAGGCAGAUGAGCUGAAACGGUCCGAGACUAAACUCAGCAAAAGAAUAACCUCAGCACAGAGCAGCCUUGAUCAGGAGCUGCAGCUGCUCAAACAGGAUUACCACAAAGGGUUCCUGUCUGUGCAUGACGCCAUUGAGUCCCUGAGGCAGAUAGGCGACAUCAAAUCCCACCUUGACAAGAAGAGGCUUGAGAAGGAUAUCAGGGACAUCAGCGGCAAAGUGGCAGAGCUCAAUGAUGUGUGACAUUAUCAAGUGAAGAGGAAGCCUUUAUUACUGUCAAACUGUCCUCAAGCAGUAGUCCCUUCUACAUUGUAUCUUUCUCUAUCUAAAUCUUUUUUAGUAUUUUUUAAGUCCGGUACUUAUUAUAUGUCUGUCUAACUGCUACUGUAACAAAUGAACUUCCCCGAUGUGGGGUGAAUAAAGGUCUAAGUCUAAAGUCUAAAGUCUAGUUUCUCAAUGAGUUACCUAUCAAAAAGGCAUGCCGGUCACUUUAUUCUCUGAUCUCACCUGUAUUUAAUUUGAUUUAAUUAUCAGAGAAAUGAUCAGGACAUUUUAUAUGAGGUACCUCUUGUGAAAUGUUAGGCUGCUUAAUGAAAGACAUCUAAUAUUUUGUGGAAGAUCAUUUGCUUUCAAUCAUUCAUACAGUAUGUGCCUCUGUCAGUGAGAGGUGAAGUUAAUUUAGGAUUUCAAUUUGAAAAGGUAGACGGAUUAAAUGUCCGCCAAUUAACUUGAUCCCACUUCGUCUUUUAAUUCAAACUAUACACGAUUUUGACAUGAGUCAAUCAUGUGUCACUUCUGCACUCAAGACCUGGCUCUAAUCUGAACUAAAGAAGAACGCUAUUGUAAUAAAUCACUGUAACACAUC